UGCCCUGCAGGCAUAGCAUAAAGAUGUUAAGACCUAUAAUUUUUAAUCUUAUAAACUAUUUAUUGUAUCAUUAUCUCUUCUAAGAAAACAAAGCUUUUGGACAAACAGGCAAUUAGUUUUCUCGGGUAUUUUAAGGACAUAAAAGUUGGUUGAGUGUCAAUCUAUUGUGUGUCAAUCUCUUUUGAAGUAAAUCAACUAAUUGAACAGAGACGAUUAAUGAGGCAGUCAUGAACUAUCAUCAGCCACACACUGGUUUCAUGUCUCAUAUCCAUUUUCUUUUUUCACUUUCUGUGGUUUCAGUUACUCUGUGACAGUGCAGGAGUCAUAUGCCCAUUCUUUUAAUCAGAUUUAUUACACCAGCUGCACUGACAUCCUCAACUGGUUUAAGUGCACCAAACACAGGAUGAUCUAUAGAACAGCAUAUCGUAGUGGGAACAAGACCAUGUACCGGAGGAAGUCUCAGUGCUGCCCGGGCUUCUAUGAGAAAGAAGAGAUCUGUGCUCCUCAUUGUACAGAGAGCUGUAUUCAUGGCCGUUGUAUGGCACCCAACACCUGCCAGUGUGAGCCAGGCUGGGGGGGCUCCAAUUGCUCGAGUGCUUGUGACAAUGAUCACUGGGGUUCCCACUGCAGUAACAGAUGCCAGUGCCAGAAUGGAGCUCUGUGUAACCCUAUCACUGGAGCUUGUAUCUGCACUCCUGGAUACAGAGGUUGGCGCUGUGAGGUGUCAUGUGCAGUAGGCACCUAUGGGAAUGGAUGCCAGCAGAAAUGCCAAUGCCAGAAUGGUGCUGCCUGUCAUCAUGCGACCGGAGAAUGCAAGUGCCCACCGGGAUACACUGGUGCUUUGUAAGUCAGGAGAGAUCAUUUGUUAAAUUGGUUUCCUGCUUCUAAUACCAACAGUGACAUAAAAGAAAAGGUAGGCACCUAUAAGAAUGGAUACCAGCAGAAAUCGUAGAUUGGUGCUGCCUGUUAUUAUGCAACUGGAGAAUACCAGAGUGCCCACCUCCAUCUAAUGCCAACAGUGACAUAACAUUAAAAGCCUAGUAUCUAUGGUCAUGGCAAUUUCAUUUAUACAGCACAUAUCAUUAAUCUUAAACAUUGUGUGCACACACUGGACGGUUCUCUGGACUGUUGAAAGAUUUGCACCAGAUGAGAAGUCUGACAUGGUUACGGUGCAAGUCAGAGACCAAAGCACUGAGAGCUUUACAAAUUAAUAGAAAGAUUUUAAAGAUAAUUCUGAAGUGACUUCAGUAAUGAUGCUAAAAAACUAGUUCAUGCAUUUAUUAUUUCUAGGCUGGAGUAUUGUAAUUUAUUAUUAUCAUGUUGUCCUAAAAACGUCUGCACUGACAGUACUGACAGU